GCGCGGCGGCGGCGGCGGCGGGCGGGCACGGGGCGGGUUUGACUGGCUGCGCGGGAGUCCCGGCGCGCUGGGGCCGCUCCGGCGCUCGCUCGCCCGGCCAUGUCCGAAGCGUAUUUCCCCGUGGGACCCGGACUGGGCCUGGAGGAGAACUUCCUGUCGCUGGACGACAUCCUGAUGUCGCAGGAGAAGCUGCCGGGCCGCGCCGAGAGCAGCCUGCCGCGCCUGGCCUUCGCGCUGGGCCAGGGGGCCGGCCCUGGCGACGCCAUCCCUGAGGGAUCAAAGCUGGAAAUACCUUUGUGGCUUGCAAAAGGUCUGCAUGACAGCAAAAGAAGAAUAAUUUCUGUGGAACUGCCAAAGAUUUACAAGGAAGCCUGGAGGACAGUGUUCAGCGCUGAUGCCAAUGUGGUUGAUCUGCAUAAAAUGGGGCCAUAUUACUAUGGAUUUGGCUCCCAGCUCCUGAAUUUUGACAAUCCAGAGAAUCCUGAGAUAGCUCAGACUAUCCUGCAGACAUUUAUUAGCCGUUUUCGUCGUAUCAUGGACUCCUCUCAGAAUGUCUACAACGAAGACACAUCAGCGCUGGUGGCUCAGCUGGAUGAAUUGGAGCGAGCCUUAUUUCAAGCUGGCCAGAAAGGGCUGAAUGACUUCCAAUGCUGGGAAAAGGGACAGGCUUCUCAAAUCACAGCUUCCAGUCUGGUCCAGAAUUACGGAAAAAGAAAGUUCACAGAUGUGGAUGGUUAAAAGCCUGAAGAACAUGCAGCUAUGAUGAGGGACACUGAGAGAUUUACAGUCAGUCACAGAAGAGAAAGAUGAAUCAGCUUUGGAGAAGGACAGGCUCUCUGUUCGUUAAUGGGAAUUCUUCUCUAUAAUAUUUUUGGAUUACAGUAGUGCAAAUUUUAAAGGCAGAUGGCAAGGGUAUAAAAAACAGAUCACCUUACAUCACUGAAUAGCUUUGCAAGUUACUCAUACCACUCCUGAAGAUUUGCAGUUAAUGUGUUUACUAGGUGGCUGAAAAGGCAUGACAGGAUUUUCUAAAAGGGUGAUUAAUAUUUAUUAUUCUUUAUCUUCCAAACUGAUAUUUACAAUAAUGGAUCUGUUUGGAAAAACGUGUAACUCUGUAUUUUGUGUAUUAUAUUUCGUGUAUUUCAUCAUGCCCUUCCCAUUCCAACCUCCUGGGAUCAGCUGUUUCCAGGUUCCCUGUUCUUUGGAGAGCCCCAACGAUGUGGAAAAAAAUGUGGUACAAACCGCUUUGAAUUUUUUCCCAUUUCUUACACACUGAGGUGCAACAGGUACCCUUUGUGAGGCAGGAAUGUUUUCUUUUUUGACUUUUGUACACAGUGUUAGUGCCUCGGAGAAAAACUUCUCUUCUAACCCAUGUAGCAAGCGAAGUGGCUGUGCAGGUCUCGUGCUGCCUCAUCCUCUCUCCCUUUUGGCCCUCGUGGGCUUGAUGCUGUGUGAGGUGGGGGAUGUUCUUGUUUGAUGUCAGGGGCUUUUGUGAUGGAUGCGUCUCUGUGAUGGGUGUUAAGCUCCUCCGUGUGUUUUACAGAGGAGGCAACAGAAGGCAACAAGGAGUUCGUCCACACCAGAUCAGAAGCAGCAACUUUAAUGGAAACUCUGACCCAUUGUCAACCCAUGAGCCAUCUGUUUUCCCAUGAGAAAUUCCGAUUACUAGAUUUGGUUAGUAGAAGGGACAAAGCAAAUGAACUGAGUUUCCUUCCUUCUGAUCAAUCUAAGUGAUCCUAGCAAGACGAUCCUAGUAAAUGUCAUUCUUGCCAGUAGGAGUGACUGGAGUUGGAACUUGCUGAACAGCAUUGUGGUUAACAUCCUGUGUGGAUUCCCUAAAAAUUAGAUUAUCUGAAGUCCCAUUGAAUUGGAGACAGAAAACAGAUGGUUAUCUCUCUAGGACGUAGUUCUCGCAGUCCUCAGAGCGGUUGUCCUUUGGAAGCAGGUAUUAGGCAUCUUACAGGUGCUUCUAAGCCUCUAGAAGUUGGACUUUGAAGAGUACCUAAGUGGAGGAGCCAGAUCAUAACGAUACUGAGCACUUCCUCUGCUGUGGGAAUCACUGGGAAGCGACAGCCAGAUCCAAGUCUUGGAGGUGUUCUUCCUGGGCUUGCGGAUGCACCUGGAUAUUGGAUACUUCAAAGUGGAAACCUCAAGUACAAAGGGUGUGUGGCCAUUCCUUGGCCAGAGGAGUGAAAGCUCUCCCUCUGGAGGUGGUGAGAGGGGACACCAUGCUGACUUCGCAAGCACACUGGUACCUCUGCCUCAGCUGCACAGGGCCACAGGAGACAAGUUGGAAGCUGUGCCUAACAAAGUAUUUCAAGUACAUGCAAGACCAAAUGCUGCUGCACUUAAUGACUUAAUGCCACACAAUAGCCUAUACAUUUUGACGCAGCUUUUGUCUAUUGUCUGUUUCUGGAUUUUUAUAUCGAAUAAAUAUUUUGUAAGGGGACACUUGUAAUGUAAAA